AUGACGGCGAUCAGAGAAACGAGAGAAGAAACUGGGCUGAAAGUAGAACGGGUUUUGGGAGUUUUUGAUGGGUUCGAGUAUACGACGAAGAAAGGCGUCAACAUUCAGUUUAACUUGGUUGUCCAGGUGGAAUGUGGUGCCGAGGAGACCGAGCCACGAGUAACGCUUAAUCCUCUCGAGCACGAUCAUCAUGUCUGGGUUGAUCCCAGUGACGACUUUGUUUCCAUGUAUCCAAUGAGCGAAACCGUAGAUAUCUGGACCCCAUAG